UUAAAUGCUACCAUGUCAACACAAUAACAAAAUAAAGAAGACUGGUUAGUGUUUUUAUUUAGAGUAGACCCAUAUUCCGAAAUUCUGAAGAGGACUACCAAGGGCAAAUUCAUAUUGAUUUACAGAUUUUGUUAGAAAAAGGUGGUUAUAGUCGUAUUCCGUGAACACCUGCCACCACUGAAAUGGUGAAGAAGCCUAAAAUAGCAGAAAUAGACAAUACCUUAUUAUAAGGGCAUAACAUGGAUGAAGACAUACACUCUUCGUUCUUAAAGCGAGCCUUCCCACCAGGUUUAUAGGAUGCAGUUACUUCCAUAGAGACGAAAGUUGUUCGUAUAACAGGACCGUCGGAGGAUUUAGACGACUACUCGAAAAGAUGGCUAACUGUUGGAAUUUGUUUGCACACUGUAAUAUCUCCUGUUCUAAGAGAGUAUAUUUUACCCAUUCUUAUAAAGCUUUAUUACCGCUUAACAAGAAAAUACAAGAUUGACAAACAAAUUUAUCCCUACAUAAAAACAUACUUGUCGGGGACAAAUCUAAAUUAUGAGACGAUAAAUAAGAAUAAUGAUAUCUUUGGAAAAAGUACUAAACUUUAUGAUUUCCGAGUCAAAAAUCCUCUGGAUUUAUCCAAGCUAUUUCUUCAAACACACAUGGCAAAGUACCAAGGUAUAGACGAUUCAUGCGAUUCAUCAGCUCUCCUUGGGAUAAUUAUUAAUAUCGACGAGUUUCCUGUAGCGGUGCGUUCAAAAGCUGAAAUGAUUCGAUCCAACAUCAGAAAUCCGUGGGCGCACUGUAACUUCCAAGAAUGGGAUAAAGGAAAAUUUGCAACAUCAUUUACAGAGAUGGGAAAUUUUAUUAGCAGUCUAGAUCUGAAAGCAUCUGUAAAACAGUCCACUUUAGACGAGAUUACAAAAUGGGAAACCAAUGAUACCAAGUUUUUAAAAGGCACUAUCCUGGGUCUAGAAUUGAUUAAAGAAAUUCGUCAAGAGACGAGUGUCUUAGCAAAAUAUGCAAAAGUUUUGAAAUUCAUCCUAGAGAAUGAAAUAGAAAAGAGAGAUGCAACUGACAAAGUGAUACAAGAUGAACUAAUGACCCUGAACGAAAAAAUCAAAGACAUUAACCAACGUCAAGAGGAAAUAAUCCCAAAACAUAUACGAGAUUGUCAUGAAGAUGAAAUUCGAGGUUGGGAAAAAGAUGAUGAGACAUUUGUUGAAACUAGAGCAACAGAGCAUGUGCUGACGUGGAUUUCAAAGUGUAAUAUAGCUGUUGUCACGGGUAGUUCCGGGGCCGGAAAAUCAUUUCUCAUUCACCAUGUUGCUUUAGAGUUACAUCGACAGAAAAAUUAUGAUAUAAUACCUCUAUCAUUUGUAACGGCACCAUCGGAUAUUAUGAAAUAUUACAGUAAAAACAAAAACCAGGUUUUUGUAAUUGAUGAUAUAUGUGGUAAAGGAACAAUGGAUGUUCAGUUAGUAAAUACAUGGAAAGAUCUUACAGAAAAGUUAAACGAUAUAAUCAAAUCGGAUUGCACCGUUACAAAACUUUUAAUUUCUUGUAGGCUUCAGAUGUUUAAUGACUCACAGUUCAAAGGGUUAACGCGGUUUACUGCAAAUGUGUUUGAUAUUGUAUCAGAACCACUUUGUCUUCUCCCAGAAGAGAGAUUAUUGAUGAUAAAAAAAUAUUUAAAAUCCGAUAAAAUUGAUCUUGUGAUAAAUGAUCUAUGUCAUUUUGACUUCUUUCCACUACUGUGCAAAAUGUCGAAAAACAUAUCUUUUGAGAAAUUGCCACUUUUCCUCAAAUCCCCGAUUGAUACAAUAAAACAACAUAUAAAACAUAUCAUAGAUUCGGAAAACAAGCACCAAUUGUGUGCCUUAAUAUUAUCCAUUUUGUUUGACGAAGGAUUUAAAGAGGAUUGGCUAUGCAGUUUAAAAGCAGUUCCAGAAAUUAUAACUGUUAAACUAAAGGAAAUAACACGACAUUGUGAUAUUGAUUUAAAGAGUGAUUUCGUCAAACGAUCCUUACGAAAUGGGUUCGCAACAUUAGAGGGGACUUUUUUGAAGAAAAAUGGAACAAAGUAUGUCAUUCAUGAUAAAAUAUAUGAUAUUGCAUUCAUUGUGUGCGGACAAUAUCUUGAGGAAUGUUUUAUUAAAUAUGCUAAUGAAGUGUUAAUCGGUGAUCUAUAUAUUUUUAGAUCGAUUGAAAGUAAUCCCACCGAUGAAUUUAUUGUACUUCCAGAAGAAAUGGAAGAAAGGUAUUUUGAAAGACUAGUAGACGAUUUGAAACAAUGUGACAUCUACAGUACCCUGCAUAACAAUCAAUUAGUCCAUGAUUCAUUCAGAAAAAAACUUAUCAGCUAUCUACAACAAAAUGCAGAAGAUUUAAAAACAAUAUUCUGUCAAAUCGACAGGAAUUGGAUAAAAUUGUUAACUAGGGAAUAUCAUUUUUCCAUUGGAUAUGAUUUUGAUGAUAAAGAAGUGAAUGUGACAUAUCCGUUAAUAGAAGCAGCUAUCGAGGGAUAUGUGGAUAUAGUUGAAUUUCUUCUUAAAAUGAACUGUAAUGUAAAUAAAAUAGACAGCUUUCAUAGGUCAGCAUUAUAUAAAGCUUGUGAAGGUGGAUAUGAUGAUGUUGUAAAACUUUUGAUAAACCAUAAUGCUGAUGCUUCCUUGUGUCAUGAAGAUGGAUAUUCUCCAUUACAUAUGGCAUGUAAAGCAGGAAAUUCUUAUAUAGUAAAAUUGAUGUUAGACAAAAAUGCAGAUGUUAACAGUGUUUCCCGCUUCGGUGACACUCCGUUGAGUCUAGCAUGCGAGGGAGGGUAUGGUGAUAUAGUACAAGAACUACUGCAAAACAAAGCUCAGGUUGUCGGUGUACCUGCCCGCAAAUCAUCUCUAUGUCUGGCUUGUAAAACUGGAAAUGAGGACAUCUUGAACAUGUUACUUGCCGCAAAUACAGAUAUCAUAUAUCAAGAUAAAUAUGAAUGGGAUGGAUAUGUAUUAUCAUCAUGUUCACCUUUGAUUGUUGCUUGCGAAAAGAACCAUAUCAAAAUAAUUCAGUUAUUAUUUCAGAAAUGUAGCGAUAAAUUUUCCUCUUUUGACAAGUGUUCUUCUCUAUGCACGGCUUCGUAUAAUGGUUCCACAGAUAUUGUCAACUUUUUUAUAAAAAACACAGAUAUUAGUAUAUGCGAAGAGCUAGAUUUUUCAUUAAAUAUGCCUAUGUUUUUGGCAUGUACUGGAAGAAAUCUUGAGACAGUCCAAUUCUUUCUGUCGCAAGGUUUUGAUAUAUUUGAAUGUAACAAUGCUGGUCAAUCGUUGCUUCAUGCAACCUGUGAAAUUUAUCAUGAAACCGAAGGUCACAAAUCUGUAACUAACCUAUUGAUUCAAAAACAGUUAGCUGUUUCUAAACCGGACAAAAGAGGAUUAUCUCCAUUACAUUUAGCUUGUAAAAAUCGUUUGCCUUCUAUAUGUAAACUACUUAUAAGUAACAACGCUAAUGUAAAUAUGCAAGACAAUGAUAAUAGGACACCUCUAUAUUUUGCCUGUGAAUCAAAGAACUUUGAUAUCGUUGAAAUAUUACUUAAAAAUAAAGCAGACAUUAUGUUGUGUGAUAACGCCGGUAGAACCCCACUUCAUGCUAUUUGUGAGAGAUGUAAGUACGGGACGAACUUACGACCAUCGGCUUAUCCUGAUAUGUCUGUUAUAAGAAUACAUACGGAAUCCAAGUCGAUAGUCAAAUCAUUGAUUGAUAUCGAUGCAGAAGUGAAUUCACGUGACAAUGCAGGGGAAUCUCCGUUACAUAAAACCUGUAAGUAUGAAGAUUAUGAACUAGUAAAUAUGCUUCUUUCCUUAAAGAAAUCAGACAUCAAUUUACCAAAUAAUUCAGGUCAGACACCAUUGCAUUUAGCGUGCAAAUCCGGCUACGGAAACAUAGUUAAAUUGUUAUUGAUGGAAAAAGCAGAUAGUUUUAAAGAAGAUAACCAAGGAAAAUCCCCACUUCAUAUUUCUUCAGAAAUUUUGAGAAUAAUUAAAGAUAACCUCAGCUGGUACAGAUUGUCGGAUAAUUACAAUCUGGGAUAUGAUGACUUUAACAACGAUUGUUCGGAAUCCAUGGUAUCUACUACAUAUAAUCAAUUUACAUAUAUUGUUACGCUUUUGACUGAAUACAAUGCAGACUUGUCUAAGUCAUGAAAACAGCUACACUACACUGUAUUUACUUCAUAAGUUAAGCGGUGUUUUCGAUUUGUUUCAAAAAGCUACGAAAUGAUUAUCAUGAUAAAUAAUACAGUAAAGGAAUAUUUAUAACCAGACGUCUACAUAUAUAAGGAAAACUCCGUUCUUAUAUAGCUGAACACGCUAUCAAUAGUAAUAUUUUAAAAAUUAAGCUGCAGAUGUUUUCUUAUUUUAUGAAAAAGUAAGACGGCACCGACGGGCAAUCAAACAUACUGGAUCGUAAAGCAGAGGCAACACCGUUUUCAUCUGGAAGAAAAUUCCAAAAAGACGGACUGAUAGAUUUUCUCAUUAUAAGGUUCAAUCAAGUGAAAAGUCGUAAAUGAAAGAAAAGAGUGGGAUAGUUGAUAAAUGGAACAUAACUAAAGAUAUCUAUGAGAUAUCCUACUAUAAAUAUCGUAUUCACCAUCUACAAAUAGGGAAAUGGUUUUAUACAUGUUAUAUAAGAGAACUGCUUUUGUGUUUUAAUCCCAUUUUUUAAUUAAAAUGUACUGUCUACUUCAAUUCAUAAAUAAAACAUGUUUACACUAA